CACUGGUCCACUAGUGCGUCAGAGCGCAUCUCGGGAGCCGAGCUCCGCUCCAAUCAUGGCGGCUCCGCAACCGCCGGCGGCUGCGCCGAGCGGACUUCUGGAGACAUGUGGUCUGGAGCAGAUUCUGGAAGCGCUGAAGCUGCUGCUGAGCCCGGGAGGAUCGGGCUUAAGUUCACUACAGAACACAAAGCAUGAUGUCUUGCUGGAGACCCUAAAAUCUAACCUGUCUGUGCUGGAGGCCAGGUUUCUAAAGGAUGCUCAGUGGAAGAAGCUGAAAGUCCUAAGAGACGAAAUUGCUGGUAAGGCCAAGUGGCUGCAGAGCUCCGAAGAUAUCACCUGGAGUUUCACCUCUCAGACUCUGCUGCUGCUGCUGUGUUUGAAGGAAACCAUGACCCGCCUUGUAGCUGAUUUUAAUCCAGGUACACCCAACCCCAAGACUCCCGAAGCUGCUCCCGCCCUCAGCCCGGAUACACUAAGCGUCUCCCAACAGAAGACCGUCCAGUCGGUUCUGCAGUUUGUAGUCACCUUGGGUGUCUGCCCCUACCUCCUGCCUGGUGUGGGAGUCCCUCUGAAACACAGGACUGAGUUUGGAGCUGUUGUUCAAGACGUAGUACGUCUAGAGGCUGCCCCCCAUGCCACCCGGAGACUGUACACCUGCUGCAGGGUCCUCCUAGAUCUGGCUCAGCAUGCAUCUCUGGGAAGCCUGAUUUUCUGCCGCCAUUUUGGGGAUAUUGCAGCAGGUCUGUGCCAGCUGGGGUUCUGCCCAACCAAAAGAAAACCACCAGCCCCCGUGGAAGAGGUUUUAACGGAAGAGGAAAGAGUCCUAUCGAGGGGAGCCUUGAGAGACAUCUUGGAUCAAGUCUACCAACCAUUAGCUGUCCGGGAAUUACUUAUUCUCCAGGGAGGACCACCCCAGGUAUUCAAGCCUCAGACUUGGUGGGAGCUGAUGUGCCAGAAGAGGGUGUCAGAUCUCCUGCAGUUAAACUGGUUAAAGGUGGUUGUGAAUGGCCAUGUGGAGGGUAGGGGGACUGGUGCUGCUGGUGGGAGUGAUGCCGAGGCCACAGCUGCUGACUGGAAGAAAUGUGACUUGAUUGCAAAGAUUCUGGCCUCUUGUCCCCAGCAGUCUCUGUCCCCAGAGAGCUACUACAAGGACAUCUGCCCGCAGAUUCUGGACUUAUUCCAUUUUCAAGAUAAAUUGACAGCACGGCAGUUUCAGAGAGUGGCCACGACCACCUUCAUAACUAUGUCGAGGGAACACCCAGAGCUGGCUCCGAAGUAUUUGCUUCAGCCCAUGCUAGCUCCUCUGCAUCGAUGCUUGACCACACCAGAGAUUCCAGAGAGUAAUAUGGUGCCAGGAACUAUUUUGGUGACUGAGGAAGAACUUAGUCGAUGUAUUGAAGAUGUAUUUAAGGUGUAUGUAGUGGCAAACGAGCCUCUCCCAGUAUUGCUGGAUGCCCUGCUUCCGCUCCUCAGGGUGAUCUUUUUUCUCUACUGUUUUACCAGUCAGAGUGUGUCUCACAUAAGGUCGCUUUGCCAAGAGAUCUUGUUAUGGAUUCUGGUGAAGCUGGAAAGGAAGAAGGCAAUUGCCAGCCUGAAAGGAUUCUCGGGGUUGGACAAAGCUGUGCCCUCCCUCCAUCCUCAGUGUCAGUUUAGAGCUGCCAUGCACGGUGGCGUUGUGAUUACCGUCCAAGAGACCGUUAGUGAUGACGAAGAUGAAGCCUUGUACCAGAAGGUGUCUUCGGAGCAGAGCCAGAUUGAACAUCUUGGGGACUUGCUGUCCCACUGCCAACAGUGUGGUUUGGCAGGAGACUUCUUCAUCUUUUGUUUGAAGGAGUUGUCUCAUCUGGUAGUGGAAAAUGAAGCAGAGUUCAAACCCACGCCCUCCUGUUAUACAAGCCUGCUGGAACUGGAGCAACACCAGGCUCUGCUUAUAGAAGAGCAGGAGCGGAAGCUGCUGGUGCUGCAGUUGCUGGCUGUCCUGUGCGAGAGGAUGUCUGAGCAGAUAUUCACGCACAUAUCUCAGGUAGUUGACUUUGUAGCAGCAACACUGCAGAGAGCGUGCGCAAGUCUGGCUCAUCAGGCAGAGAGCACCGUGGAAUCCCAGACACUGAGCCUGUCAAUGGGGCUGGUGGCUGUCAUGCUGGGAGGGGCUGUUCAGUUGAAGUCAAGUGAUUUUGCGGUCCUGAAGCAGCUGCUGCCUCUGUUGGAGAAGGUCUCUAAUACAUACCCUGACCCUGUCAUCCAAGACCUCGCUGUUGAUCUCCGAAUUACCAUCUCUACUCACGGAGCCUUUUCCACGGAGGCUGUCAGCAUGGCUGCCCAAAGUACCCUGAACAAAAAAGACCCGGAAUGGAAAAUAGAGCAGCAACAAACCAGUCAUGACACACUCACAGAAGUAGCUCCGGAGCACCCGAAACAAGAGCAGGACCCUCCUAAAACAGAGCAGGAGUCUCAUGAGCCUGGCAUUGCGGCAAGUCAGCCACAUAGAAACAUAACCUCAGAACAGUUCCAGGAGGUUCUCUCAUCAGCCUGUGAUCCCCAGAUUCCAACCCGGGCUGCUGCCCUGCGCACUCUUUCCCGCUGGGUAGAGCAGAGAGAAGCCAUAGCCCUCAAGGAUGAAAAGAAGCUUCUCCAGAUAUUCUUGGAGAACUUGGAGCAUGAAGACACUUUUGUGUAUCUGUCUGCAAUUCAGGGGGUUGCCCUUCUCUCAGAUGUGUACCCUGAAGAAAUCUUGGUUGACCUGUUGGCCAAAUACGAUAGUGGCAAAGAGAAGCACACUGCAGAGACCAGAAUGAAAGUUGGAGAGGUCCUGAUGCGAAUUGUCAGAGCAUUAGGGGACAUGGUCUCAAAAUACCGGGAGCCUUUACUCCACACAUUCCUGAGGGGAGUGAAAGAUCCAGAUGCUGCACACAGGGCCAGCAGCUUAGCCAACCUGGGAGAGCUGUGCCAGCUCCUGGACUUCCUGCUGGGCCCUGUGGUUCAUGAGGUGACAGCCUGCCUGAUUGCUGUAGCUAAGACCGACAAUGAUGUUCAAGUGCGCAGAGCCGCGAUCCAUGUGGUUGUGCUGCUGCUGCGGGGACUCAGCCAGAAAGCAACUGAGGUGCUGAGCGAUGUCCUCAAGGAUCUCUAUCACCUGCUAAAGCAUGUGGUGCGUCUGGAACCCGAUGAUGUGGCCAAGCUACAUGCCCAACUUGCCCUGGAAGAGCUAGAUGAGAUCAUGAGGAACUUCCUGUUCCCUCCCCAGAAGCUGGAGAAGAAGAUCGUGGUCCUGCCAUAGUCCUGGUUCCUAGGACCUGGAAGACUGGGAGGAACCAACAGCCAAAGCAAUGGCCACACACCUCCCAGCAGAUGGCUCCACCUCCUUGGUGCUGGCAAUAUGGCAGGCUUUAAGGUAGCUCUGUGGUGCUGGGCACUUGGUGUUCAGGGCUACCUUUCUAGAGCAUCCAUUUAGGCUCCUGCAUCUGGCCCAGAGCGUGUGCAGUUAGAAGGGAAAGGAUGAAUCCCAUCUAAUCUGCACAUUUUCAUUGUCCUGUGCUAUUUAGAGGAGAUGCGCAUGUGACUAUGGACCAUUUUCUUGCAGCUGGAGAGACUGCCUGCACAGGUCCUAUCUUGAUAUUCUUUCAUGGUGAGAUGAUUCUGCCUGUGAUGAGGAGCAGGCAGAGCUGUCGCGUUUGGCUGUAAAAGAGUCAUGUGGGUGUACAGCUGUGGGAAGGGGAAGGAAACAUUACUUAAACGUACAAAAAGGAAUAAAAUUACCUUGUUGGAAUAAUCAGCCAGGCUGACUCUGGUCGUUGAGCUGAUUGACGCUCGCAGAAAGAAAGGAGUAAGCACUGUU